ACGAAGAAGAACAAGUAGAAGUAAAAGAAGAAGGAGGAGAAGAAAACGAAAAAGAAGAAGACGACGACGACGAAGAAGAAGUCAGUGCUGACUCCAAGCAGUGGCGAAUGUGCGAGCUAAGAAUAAACAGAAUCAGCACGUUCGCUCCAUAAUUCGUGAGUUUUCCCCCUAUCAAAUAGUCCCCCUCCCCCAACGAGACUUUUGUCGCUCUACACUUCGAACGGUAUAUUUGGGGUCCAUCCUGCAGUCCAUGUUUUGAGAUAAAGCCGAAGAAGGCAAGUCAACAAAUGGGAACUCUCCGAGUGCUUGAGCUUUACAGUGGGAUAGGUGGGAUGCAUUAUGCUCUGAAAAGGCGUACCCCGCCUCCAGCCCAAUGAUAGCUGGGAUAGGCUCCGGCGCGCCCGCGACCCGCGUGAGGAGAAGCGCAACAGAAAAUGGAUGGAUGUAAAGCGUUGGAUGCAGUGUGGUGUAAAGCGCGCCGACACUUGACUUAGAGCAGUGGCAAGGCGUACAACUGGAAAAAGUCCGGAAUAUCUGGCCAGGUAGUGGCGGCCAUAGACAUAAACACAACUGCCAAUCAGAUCUACAGGCACAAUUUUCCCGACACCCCACUCUGGAACAAAACCAUCGAGGGCAUAUCACUUGAUGAGUUCAAUGAAUUGCGCUUUGACAUGAUUUUGAUGAGUCCUCCGUGUCAACCAUUUACCAGGCUGGGACUCCAGCGGGAUAUUGCUGACCCCAGAACCAAGAGCUUCCUCUAUAUUCUUAAUCUUCUGCCAAGACUGAGUCAGCUUCCCCGCUUCAUCCUGCUUGAGAAUGUCAAAGGUUUUGAAAGCUCCUCUGCCAGGCAAUGUUUAGUCGAAAAGCUGCUCAAAUGUGGCUACACUUUCCAGGAGGUCAUGGUCUCUCCCACGAGUGUUGGGAUCCCAAAUUCAAGACUGCGUUACUUCUUCAUGGCUAAGAUUUCAACAGAAGCGAUUUGUUCAAAGGAUUCCCAAAUGUCGCUGCUCCCUGCUGAAAGUGAGUCCUCUCAGGAGCCUACCCUUGCAAUUCCUCUACAGCCACUUAGUUCCCUGACAAAAGAGGAAGAAAUGGAAGGUCGUGUCCAUUAUAAACUCGAGACAACAAAUGAUGCUCUCAGAAAGAGGACUCAGAAUAGUGAUUUGUCAGUCAGGCAGAUCCAAGACUUCCUUGAACCAGAGGAGAAUGUUGACAUCGAUCAAUAUCUUGUUCCUUCUAAAAUACUGCUGCGUUAUGCUCUAAUCUUGGAUAUUGUCAAACCCAUCUGCCGGAGGUCGAUCUGCUUCACCAAGGGCUAUGGGCGGUAUGUGGAAGGAACUGGCUCAGUACUGCAAAGCUGCCUGGAAACAGAGACUGAGAGUGUGUUUAAAUAUCUGGACCAGUUCUCUCAAGAAGAAAAACUGCAACAUCUGCUGAGACUAAAGCUUCGUUAUUUUACCCCCAGAGAAGUAGCCAACAUAAUGGGCUUCCCGCAAAGCUUUUCCUUUCCAGAGCAGAUCCCUAACAAGCAGCGUUACAGAGUUCUGGGAAAUAGCCUCAAUGUCGCGGUGGCGGCGACAUUGCUACACCAGCUGAUCUCCAAGUGUUGAACAACGAAGGCACACACAAAAAAAAACUAUCCCUUGCAGAUAUUCUUUCAAUUGAUGUAUCCAAGAGAUCCUGAUUUCUAUUCUCUUAAUGUGGGUUAUGUUACUGAUUGGCGAAUAAUGAAUUACUGUACAUUUACAGUUAAGGAUGCAUGAUAUAUUGCCCUGUGUGGUCUUGCUGAAGGACAACUUUUUGUGAAAACUAUUGACUUUGU